AAGAAGUCACGUAGCUGAGAGCUGCAAGGCACUACCCAUAUCCACCGUCCUGCGCUAGCGUGCGCAUUUGCAAUGCAACGAAGCAGGUACCAUGGAUACAAAAUGUGGCAGCCGCUCUCCUUUUGGAGUGUGCACCCAGAGCCAUUCAUCAUUUUCAGGUUCGAGCAGCAGUAGUAGGGCACUCCCUAGUUCCUGCCCCCCAACAUGCUCUUCACCAGCAUUGUGUGUGCCUUUGGCACCAUCUCCGCUGCAUAUGCUCUGCCAAAGAGCCCGCGCUCGUCGUACGCUGUCAAGGAAUACCAUCCCGUGCCAAGAGGCUGGACCAGAGUGGGCGAGGCAGGCAAGUCUGACCGAGUGCACCUCACCAUCGGCUUGAAGCAGCAGAAUCAGGGUGCUAUCGAGGAGCAUCUGCUCCAAGUGUCGGACCCAUCGCACGCUCGUUACGGACAACAUCUCACGGCAGCCGAGAUUGCGGACAUUGUCCGUCCCUCACAGGAGACCCAGGAUUUGGUCAAGAGCUGGUUGGAGGAGCAUGGCAUUCAAGGCGUGCACAACGCUGCAAAGGACACCAUCCACGUCCUGGUUCCCAUCGAGAAGGCAGAAGAGCUCCUGCAGACUUCGUACUCGGUCUUUGAGCACGAGGAUGGGUCGACGUUAGCGAGAGCCCCGGAGUGGUCCCUUCCUCGACACCUACACGAGCACAUCGACGUGGUGCAGCCAACCAACUCGUUCUUCCGCACAAAGGCAACCUCCCACGGAGCUACGUCCCUGCAACGGGACACCAUCCAGUAUUCCGACUCUUGGUGGCAGAAUGAAGGAAAGAAGGCUUUCGCUCCGCCGCCAGCCUAUAGAGGCUCCGGAGCAGGCCCUAUCAGCGAAAUCUGUAACAUUUCUUUCACUACUCCGGACUGCAAGCGGACGCUCUACGGAACCUACGACUACAAGCCUCAGGUGCCGGGCAAGAACAAAAUGGGCCACACCAAUUACCUCAACGAGACGAGCUACCGCCAAGACAUUAAGAAGGCCCUCCAGAACUUCAGACCCGAAGCUGUUUCGGCAGCGGACUCGUUCAACAUCACCACUGUUGCUGACGGUAACAACGACCAAGGUCCAUAUACUGAUGCUCAAGUGAGAGCAGGCAAGAACGAGGAGGCUGUUCUCGACUCAGAGAACAUGAUCUCAAUAGCAUAUCCAACACCUCUCGAAGUGUGGCAGACUGGCGGCAGCCCUCCAUUCAUUCCAGAUAUCAACACUCCUACCGACACGAAUGAGCCGUACCUCGUCUGGCUCGACUCUAUUCUGGAUCGCGACGAUUUGCCACAGGUCAUCAGCACCAGUUACGGCGAUGAUGAGCAGACUGUGCCGCAAUCGUAUGCAGAGAGAGCUUGUUCUAGCUUUGCCCAGCUUGGAGCGAGAGGUAUCUCGCUCUUCUUCUCUUCUGGCGACUCUGGUGUGGGCAGCGACGGCACAUGCUUCAGUAAUGAUGGAAAGAAAACUGAGAUGUUCUUGCCGUCUUUCCCAGCUUCUUGCCCUUGGGUGACAACCGUGGGCGGAACUCAAGGUUUCGAGCCCGAAGUUGCCGUUCAACGUUUCGCUUCCGGCGGAGGCUUCAGCAACUACUUUCCGGCACCAGAGUAUCAGAACGCGACCGUCCAGGCCUACAUUGACAGCUUGAAGGGACUUCACGAUGGACUUUACAACAAGACCGGCCGAGGUUACCCAGAUAUUUCCGCCCAGUCAAACCGUGACGCCAUUGUGUGGAACGGAGACAUUAUCACUAUCGGGGGUACCUCUGCAUCUUCGCCUACAGUCGCUGCGAUCAUCUCGCUGGUCAACGAUGCCCUGUUGGCUGAAGGGAAGCCUACUCUUGGUUUCCUGAACCCGUGGUUGUACUCUGGUGCUUAUAAGGCCUUGACCGACGUCCUUUCUGGUUCUAGCUUCGGUUGUGACACGGACGGAUUCCCUGCGCAAGCUGGAUGGGAUGCUGUGACUGGGUUUGGCACGCCAAACUUCCCCAAAUUGGUCGAUGCGGCACUUGCAAAGUCUGAAGAAAAGCCGACAGGCUACUAAACGCGACACUUGGUCUAUGUGAUGAUGCAUUAACGACGCCGCUAUUUUCCACCCUAUUGUAGGUAUGCAUGUAGUUUGAGACAUGUAGCUUGUAUAGCAAAUCGACAGUCCUAGUGUACAGGAACC